AUGCUGCCGUGGAAGAAGCACAAGUUCGAGCUGCUGGCCGAGGCGCCGCCGAGGCAGGCAUCCAAGCCCAAGGGCUACGCGGUGAGCCUGCACUACUCGGCGCUCAGCUCGCUGGCACGGGCGUGCCCCGAAGGCGCGCUCAGCCGGGUGGGCAGCAUGUUCCGCUCCAAGCGCAAGAAGCUGCACAUCACCAGCGAGGACCCCACUUACACCGUGCUCUACCUGGGCAAUGCCACCACGAUCCAGGCGCGCGGCGACGGCUGCACGGACCUAGCGGUGGGCAAGAUCUGGAGCAAGAGCGAGGCGGGCCGUCAGGGCACCAAGAUGAAGCUGACUGUGAGCGCGCAGGGUAUCCGCAUGGUACACGCCGAAGAGCGCGCGUUGCGCCGCCCGGGCCACCUCUACCUGCUGCACCGCGUUACCUACUGCGUGGCGGACUCGCGGCUGCCCAAGGUCUUCGCCUGGGUGUACCGGCACGAGCUCAAACACAAGGCGGUAAUGCUGCGCUGUCACGCCGUGCUGGUGUCCAAGCCCGAGAAGGCGCAGGCCAUGGCCCUGCUGCUCUACCAAACGUCGGCCAACGCACUGGCGGAGUUUAAACGGCUCAAGCGGCGGGACGACGCGCGUCACCAGCAGCAGGAGCUGGUGGGCGCGCACACCAUCCCGCUGGUGCCGCUGCGCAAACUGCUGCUGCACGGACCUUGCUGCUACAAGCCGCCGGUGGAGCGCAGCCGCAGCGCCCCCAAGCUGGGCUCCAUCACCGAGGACCUCGUAGGUGAACAGCAGGAGCAGGAGCUGCAGGAAGAAGAGGAAGAGGAGCACACCGAGGGCUGCCUGGAGGAAGAGGCGGAGGAGGAGGACCACACCAGGGCGGGGGACCCGGCAGAGGAAGAGGCCGAGGCUCAGCGGGCCCUGGUGGUGGCCAUGCACUUCGAAUGUGGAGACUUGCUGGACACGUUGGAGAGUGGCGGGGAGGAGGCGCUGGGGGGCAGCGGGGUCUCGCUGGGCCCCGGGGUUGGGCCGCCGCCUUUGCUGCUGGGCAGCUCCUCCGACGUGAAGGCUGAGCUGUCCCAGCUUAUCAACGACCUGGGCGAGCUCAGCUUCGGCAACGACGUGCGAAGCCUGCAGGCCGACUUGCGGGUGACGCGCCUGCUGUCUGGUGAGAGCACCGGCAGCGAGAGCUCCAUAGAAGGCGGGGGCCCAGACCCCACUUCUGCCACCGCUGGGGACCAGUCUGGCUCUACGGACCGUGCCAGCCCAGACGAGCCGCGCUCGGGCUGAGCUCCCGGCAGCUUGCUGCGCGCGCCCCGGCGCCCCGGCACCCCACCGCGACUCCCCACCAGCCUUCUCCACAGCUUCCUUACCUAACCUGACCCCCGCUCGCGCCCAGGGAAGGGAAAGGGGACUCUGAAGGCCCAGAGUUCCCUCUGCCCCUCUCCCUCAACACAUUUGGCUCUGUUUUAGGUGGAGCUGAGGUUGCCUGUGGAGAUGUGGCGGCGUGUGUGGGGGGUGGGGUGGGGAAACCCUACGGGGAAGGAGAGAGGCAGCCCCUUGGGGUCAGGGGUGAGGGAAAUGCCCGCCGAAGUUAGCAAAGCCCCGCAGGCGUCAGGUGCCUGCGGCCAGUUUCCUGUUUGUGGGGCAGCUGGGGCCUCAGAAGGAGGGGUUAACUUCCUCCCCACCCCUCCAACUGGGAGCAGCCUAGCAUUGUCAUUGGCAUGUCUUUUAAAAGAAAAAGGAAUUUACUCUCACAAUGUUUGAGGCUUUUUUUGUGCCGCCUCUUUGCCCCCAGUCUUUUGGUGCAAGAGCUUGGGUUGUUUACCUCAGACUAAGACCCUUGAAAUUCUGCCAAAUUCCUCAAAUAAUUGUUUGGACGGGGGAAGGGAAAUGAAAGAAAGUUGCAUUUUGUUUACAGUUCAAGACAUCUAGUAUCUAAAAGAGGAGUUUUCCUUUAGAAACACACCUUCAUCCUGCUCAAAAGAUCUCACUCCAUGAUACUGUGUAAAAUAUUUUUGCACUGUUGUGAAGUAUUUUUGACAUCUUUUUUUGUACAUAACUGUUCUCAGAGCUGGAUGUUUAUAUCUUUUGCUGUGCAAAAGGGACAUGUAAAAUGUUGUUCAGUUGUAUAUAUAGAAAUGCGUAUAAAACAUUUUGUUAUUUUUGAAGAGUAGCACUGCUCUGGUUCUGUUUGCCCAUCAGCAGGGAGAGAAUAAAGAGGAAAAUUGAACAGG